CGCUAGGCAACUUAACUCGUUCUUUACGCUGCUCGACAGCUAACGAGAAACAUGGCAUGUCGUGUCUUGAUCCGGUCUCAAAGGGCCUUGUCACCCCUUGACCCAUUUGUACAGUCAAGAUGUUUUCACAUAUCUCCUCUUGCAUCUGUUGCACAUAAGGUUGCUAUGAGCAAGUUUGAUAAGGAUGCCCAUGUCCCGUAUGAGAAACUUACCAAAAAUUUGGAAAUUGUUCGAAAUAGGCUAAAGAAACCUUUGACGUUAGCAGAAAAAAUUCUGUACUCUCAUUUAGAUGAACCUGCUACACAAGAAAUAGAAAGAGGUAAAAGUUAUCUUCGUUUGAGGCCAGACAGAGUUGCUAUGCAAGAUGCAACUGCACAAAUGGCAAUGUUGCAGUUCAUAUCAAGUGGACUUAAAAAGGUUGCAGUACCAUCUACAAUUCAUUGUGAUCAUUUAAUUGAAGCUCAGAUUAGUGGAGAUAAAGAUUUAGCCAGAGCUAAGGACAUUAACAAAGAAGUGUAUACCUUUUUGGAAACUGCCGGUGCUAAAUAUGGUGUUGGAUUUUGGAAGCCUGGAAGUGGCAUAAUUCACCAGAUAAUACUUGAAAAUUAUGCAUUCCCUGGUGUUUUAUUGAUUGGAACAGACAGCCAUACUCCAAAUGGAGGUGGUCUGGGAGGUUUAUGUAUAGGUGUUGGUGGAGCUGAUGCUGUUGAUGUGAUGGCUAAUCUUCCUUGGGAAUUAAAGUGUCCCAAAGUAAUUGGUGUAAAACUCACUGGAAAACUUAGUGGCUGGACCUCUCCCAAAGAUGUCAUUUUAAAAGUUGCUGGCAUAUUAACUGUGAAAGGAGGCACUGGUGCCAUUGUUGAAUAUACUGGGCCUGGUGUUGAUUCUAUAUCUUGCACAGGAAUGGGUACCAUUUGUAACAUGGGUGCUGAAAUUGGUGCAACAACAUCUGUCUUUCCAUAUAAUAAGAGAAUGAGAGAUUAUCUGUUUGCAACUCGUAGGCAAGCAAUUGCUGAACUUGCAGAUGGGUAUCUGGAUUUGCUUACUCCUGAUUCUGGAUGUGAAUAUGACAAAGUUAUUGAAGUAAAUCUGGAUGAGCUUGAACCUCAUGUAAAUGGCCCUUUCACUCCUGAUCUUGCUCAUCCAAUUUCUGAGUUGGGAAAAAAUGCUAAAGCUAAUGGUUGGCCUCUUGAAGUUAAAGUGGGGUUGAUUGGGAGUUGCACAAACAGCAGUUAUGAAGAUAUGGCGAGAGCUGCUUCUUUGGCGAGACAAGUCCUUAGUCAUGGUUUGAAAUCAAAGUCCAAAUUUACUGUUACUCCUGGAUCAGAGCAGAUUCGAGCAACCAUUGAAAGAGAUGGCCAAGCUCAAACACUGAGGGAAUUCGGAGGUGUUGUUUUAGCCAAUGCUUGUGGACCCUGCAUUGGACAGUGGGAUCGAAAAGAUAUUAAAAAGGGAGAAAAAAAUACAAUUGUAUCAUCAUACAAUCGCAAUUUCACUGGUCGAAACGAUGCCAAUCCCGCUACGCAUGCAUUUGUUACAUCUCCAGAACUUGUUGUAGCACUUUCUACUGCAGGAUCAUUAGACUUUAAUCCUUUGACUGAUGAACUGACCGGUGCUAAAGGUGAAAAAUUUAAGUUUAAAGAACCAUAUGGUGAAGAAUUACCUCCUCGUGGUUUCGAUCCUGGUGAAGAUACAUACCAAGCUCCUCCUGCUGAUGGCUCUUCGGUCGCUGUUGAUGUUGAUCCAAAAAGUCAAAGGUUGCAACUUUUGGCUCCUUUUGACAAGUGGGAUGGUAAAGAUUUAACAGAUAUGCAAAUUCUUAUUAAGGUGAAAGGAAAAUGUACUACUGAUCACAUCAGUGCUGCUGGGCCAUGGUUGAAAUACAGAGGACAUUUGGACAACAUAUCUAAUAAUAUGUUCAUAGGAGCUAUCAAUGCUGAAAAUGGUGAAGCAAAUAAAGUUAAAAAUCGUGUAACUGGAGAAUGGGGAACAGUACCCGACACUGCUAGGCAUUACAAGUCUAAAGGAGUGAAGUGGGUUGCUAUUGGAGAUGAAAAUUAUGGUGAAGGCAGUAGUCGAGAACAUGCAGCUCUUGAACCUAGGCAUCUUGGUGGCAGAGCUAUUAUUGUUAAAAGUUUUGCAAGAAUUCAUGAAACAAAUUUGAAGAAACAAGGUUUAUUACCACUGACUUUCCAAGACCCGAGUGAUUACGAUAAAAUUCAACCAUCUGACAAGAUAUCUCUUAUAGGCUUGAAAGAUUUAGCACCUGGGAAGCCCGUAAAAUGUGAAAUCAAACAUGAAGAUGGCACAGUAGAGACAAUAGUUCUAAACCAUACAAUGAAUGAAUCACAAAUUGAAUGGUUCAAAGCCGGUAGCGCCUUAAACCGUAUGGCCGAGCUGAAAGCAUCGUAAAAUGUUCAAUGUAAAGCAUAAGAGGAAACUUAGUAGCGUAACUUUGUGAUAUUUGAACAUUUCUGCUGUUAUUUGUUCUGUAUAAAUAUUUGUACAGAUAUUUAGUUCAUUAACGACUCAGAAAAUGAAAGUCUAGUCGUAUUUUAAUUUAGAUUGACUGCAGCUUUAUAUCACGAAUGUUCUGUUUUCCAUCUUAGUGCAGCUCGUCUGUUCCCUAAAACUAGCCAGAUCAUUUUUUACAUGUUAAUGCAACAUAAAUUAAAAUCUUAUACUUAAAA